UUGAAAAUAAGCAACAGCACAGUAUGGAAAUUUCCAUUUUCAUACCUAAACCGAAACUACAAAUGUUGAAAAAGUGACAAACUUGUUAAUAGCUUUUGUCGAGAAAAGGUCGCUCAAAAUGAUAGGUAUAAUGAAAGAUCACGGAAGUACCAUUGUUGGAACGUUACAACGAUUGCCCCUAUUGUUUUGGAUUGAUGUUCUACUUAGAACGUAUGCAGUUCAAAAGAUAACAACACCAUACCUAUACAUGGAAUUAGCAAUUGCAGUCAUUUUGCUUCUGCUGAACAAUGGACAACUUGGGAAAAUAUACGAGUGUUUGGUUUGCUUUCUGUUCAUAAUAGCGAUGUUGCCAUCUUCGGAGGACAACAUCUGGAUUACCCUAAUUAGAUUGGAGGCAAAAUAUCGCACAUUAUUCACAAUGUCAGAAGCAUCAUCUCAUAUACUGUUGUAUUACCAACUUGGAGUUACGUUUUUAACCAUUGCUACUUGCCUAAAGAUGAUAAGCUUGAUAUUUGAAGUGUGCGUGUAUUUUCCCAACAGACUAAUGAUUAUUGGAACUUGUUUAAAGGCAGUUUCUGUUUUUGCGGAUGCAUUGACUGGCGUAUCCUUACAGGAGUUUCCGAAUCAUGUUUGCGUUAUUUUGUUUCAUGUUGCUUUAACCAUUAUAACAUAUUACUUAUUCAGCAUAAACUUGAGCAUUUAUCUGAUUUUACUUCAAAUAUACUACAGGAUAUACUGGCAGAACACACAAUAUUACGUUAUUAACUUCAUUAUUUGUUCUAUUGUGGGUAUAUUGGAUAACGAACGAGCACAGUGUUUGAUGAAAAAUACAAUAACUGAAAUCCGACAAGGUUAUGAGAGCAUAAUGAAAAAUAGAAUUGUUUUCGUUUUCCUUCCUUAUGCAAUUGUGUUGGCAAUUUCUAUCCCAUUAUUUUUAAGCAGCAUAAACAUUUUCCAAGCUGUACCUAAUUUUAUGAAAACUAUCACUAUAAUGUGUAUGACCAGUAUAGGCACGAUUGCCUUUAUAACAAUAAUCACUCACGUCUGUUUUAUUUUUCCGAAAACAACGUUAUGCUUUUUACGUGGGCGAAACUACGAAAUCAAUACCUCAGAGCUGUUAACGCCUGCCUUUGUCUUGGGUAUCUUAGCAAUCCAGUCAUUUCACAGUGAUGUAAAAAUCCAUGGUAUGAUGAUGUGUUUUGGAAUUUUUCUUGUUGCUAGUCCUGUUCUACAAGAAGUACACAAGAUUGCUAAUUCAUUUUUGCUGGAACUUGGAGCAUCGGGAGCCGGAAUUUUAAAGACAUGCAAAGCUGUUUCAAUUAUCAUUUUAUUAGUAAUGUUACCUAUUUGGGUGGUUGUGAAAUUUUAUGAAUUUGGAUUUGAUUUAGGCAUAAUAUGGUUUCUUGUAGCUACUUCAUCUUGGAUAUAUGUGUGCAUUGAAUCAGUUGGGUCUCUGUCAGUUUACCUCUUGUUGGUAUUGGAUAGCUUUAAAUCGGAACCAAUUGAAAAGUUAGAUGAAAUUAUGUAUGGCGUCCGUGCUGCCAUCGGGAUAGUUCAUACAACGUUUGUACUUCUUGAAAUAUGCUGCCUCACUUGGAGCAUAACCACGGUCCAAUGGAGCUGGAUUAGUUGUAUCAUAUUAGCAAUACUUAUUUACCAUACUUAUGAGCGAGUAACCAACGGAUGGAACGAAUUUCAAAGGCGUCGAACGGCAGUUAAAAGACUUUCAUUCCUACCAAUUGCAACAGAAGAACAAUUAUAUGUUUUCAACGAUGUUUGUGCCAUCUGCCUUCGCAAUAUGACGUCAGCUAAGAUUACUCCUUGUAAUCAUUUUUUCCAUGAAUCAUGUUUAAAAAAGUGGUCGUACAUAAAAGAAACGUGUCCAAUGUGCAAUGCAAUGAUUAACGCUGAUUGGUUUUUUCAACGGUUGUUGAGAACUUUUUUUACUGUACAACGACAUAACAUUCGUGUGCCUGUCGACACUUGAAAUGAAAAAAAAAAAUAUUUUUCAUAUUAUGUAAUAGUGCAAUGUGAAUUAUGAUAACAUAACAUUAUGUAUUGACUAAUACCAGAAUGAUUCAUAGCUUAACAAUGACAAGAAUGGAAAUAUGCCUAUUUGUUGAAAACUUACGUCCUUAGGUUCUUUUCAUGACAUGGGAAAUAUCAAAUCUUUUGAUGUUCGGAGAUAAUUUUAUGAAGACAGGUACAUGUCUUUUUUUUUGCUGGAAACUUAGAGUGCACUCGUCGACAAAAAUAUUGUUUAUAAUAAUGUGUGUAAUGACAAUUUACACAUCUGACUUGAAUAUAUAGUCCAGUGUUAUAUGUUUAUAAGCCAACAUUUGGUUGAAAUACAAGCAAUGCAUUCAAAUUCUACAAAAUAUUUGUUUGACCUAAUUCAGUUGUUAUUGUUUGCGCAUUAUAACAAUAGCUAUACACAAAUAGUUAAAUUUUAUUUGUUCAUGUUUCUUUUCAUUUCAAUCAUGGAACAAUGAAUUUGAUAGACGGGGACAAAUCUUGCCCGUUGCGAAUGCGACUAAUUUCAUUGUUUAAUUUCUCCUGGUUUUCGUGAUAAUGUAAAGUAUUGAAAUCAUUUUAUAAACUGUGAUUUCAGAAUCUGAUUCAUUAUUGACAUUUUAAUGUUGAUACACAGACAUUAAAAUAUCGUUACUAAAUUGUUUAUACACCUAUUGCUCAAUACCACGUCAAUUGAUGAACAGUAUGUUACUUAAGCAAAUUACAUAUUGGAAGUGAAUAACAUGUUUUAUUCAUUUGUAAAAAUGCUUAUCAAGUAGAAUUAAGAACAAAUAUUUACCACUAACAUUUAUAGAAAUAAUUCACUGUAUGCCAAUAUAAAAGGUCAUAUAUCAAUUUGCAACACUAAACUAUGUAAGAAUCUGUCAAUAUAUUUUACCAAAAAAAUGUUUCUUUUCUUUCUUUUUUUUUCUCACCCGUCAAAGAAAGCAUGACAGUAGACGCAAUCAAUGGAAUAUGUUAGAGAUUUAUACACCAUAUGAAGACCCUGCAAGAAUGUUUCUACAUAGAAAUGAAAAUUUAUGGAUGUAUAAUAACCUGUUUGUUUUUUUGUUAAAUCAUAUCAAUGAUUUUAUUAGUCUGCUCUGACGUUGAAGAGCAUCCUAGGUAUAGUCGAGGUAAAAUAAUAGUGUGUUGUUCAUACAUUGUACUAAUUAUUUUACCUUUCGUGAUUACAAUCGUAUCCAAGUUUCAUACAACACAAACUUUAGGGUUAAUUGAACAUAAAAACUUUGAAUUUUUUCAAAUAACUAGGGAUUUUCUACCACAAGAAUAAAUUACAUUUACUGUGUAUGGCAAAACCUGUGUGAUUUCCGGGUCCUCAAUGAUCUACAACUUCGUACUUUAUUUGGGCUUUUGUACUUUUUUUUGAUUCGAGAGUCACUGAUAAGUCUUUUGAAGAUGAAGCACACGUCUGGCGUACACAAUAUUGAUCCUGGUAUACAUGAUCAAUUUAUCUUACUGAAGCAAUCAGCAUUUUUUUUUUACUUUGUCUGAAUAUUUGUAUCAUAAAUCGUCUCUGUUACUAUCACAGUAAAACAUGCCAGCUGUAUUCUACAUCUUAGUACUUAAUAUCAUCCAGGUAUAAAUCAAUUGUUGUUUCUUUUAUUUUUUUAUUUAUAUAGAUUGCUAUCAUAGCAACAAACAUUUUCUAUGCAGUUAUCGUGAAAAAAAGAGGGAUAAUGCAAUAGAUGUGAAAGUAGAAACUACUGGUGAAAAUAUUAAAUCAAAGGAACUUAAACAAAAUCAAAAAUCAAAAACAGUACUAGGGAAAACAUCUUCAUUUGUUAAAGAUCUUGAAUAGGAAGUAUAUAUCUGUGUUUUUAUUUAUGUUUUUACUAAAUGCUUAGAUUAUAGUUGUUUUGUGUUUGUGCUUGCAUUUGUUUACUUUUAACAAACUUCAUGUAAAUAACAACAAAGAUUUGAAAUGAUUAUUGACUGUUUUUGCAUACAAGUGUUAUAUAUUUCGAAGUUCUAGUAGUUUGAACAUGUAGCUAUUAAUAAAAAGUGCACCAGUA